CGCUGGGGUAGCUCCUGGCGCUGGUGCUGAUGAAUGAUGCACGGAACGAGGCACACAAAGAAAAGGCAACCUAAGAGAAAUUCCUUGGCAGCAAGAGAUAACUGAAGUCAUGAAGAGAACAGAUGAAAAUUGACUAAAAGAAGGGUUCAGCAUGAAUUGUUCCACGUGGCUAUCCCUCAUCCUGGUGCUGGUGCAACCUUGGCCUUGCUCCACAAGCCCGCGGAACAGCGGCACUCCGAACACGGAGCAGCCUGUCACAGCGCUGCGAAGAGUGAAACGUGGCUGGGUGUGGGAGCCUCUUUAUGUGACAGAGGAACAGACAGCAACAGAGGUCUAUGUUGGACAGCUGAAAUCAGACUUAGAGAAGCAGGAUGGCAACCUAAAAUACAUUUUGACCGGGGAGGGAGCUGAAACCAUUUUUAGCAUCAACGAAUACAGCGGCAAAAUUUACGUGAAGCAGAAGCUGGAUCGAGAGAAGAAACCUUUCUAUGUGCUGAGAGCUCAAGCAAUCAGCAGGAAAACACAGCUUCCAGUUGAACCUGAAUCAGAAUUUAUUAUCAAGGUUCGAGAUAUCAAUGACAAUGCACCACAGUUCUUGGAUGGACCUUAUGUAGUCACUGUGCCAGAGAUGUCACCCGCAGAUACUUCUGUUAUACAGGUAACAGCUACAGAUGGAGAUGAUCCUUCUUAUGGGAAUAACGCCCGUCUGCUUUACAGCCUCCUUCAGGGACAGCCCUAUUUCUCUGUGGAGCCAAAGACAGGGGUCAUCAGAAUGGCUUCUGGAAUGGACAGAGAAACAGCAGAUCAGUACUUUGUCAUCAUCCAAGCCCAAGAUAUGGUUGGGCAAGCAGAGGCACUUUCAGCAACAGCCACUGUUACCAUCUACCUGUCAGAUGUCAAUGACAACCCACCUAAGUUUCAACAAGAACUCUACUCUAUGAGUAUCUCUGAAGAGGCUCCUGUGGGCACCACUGUGGGCAGAGUCUCUGCAGAAGAUGCAGACGUCGGCGAGAACGCAGCCAUGAACUAUUCCAUUGAAGGAGACAGCUUGGAUUUCUUUGACAUCAUUACUGACAAUGAGACCCAAGAGGGAAUUAUCUUACUGAAAAAGAGAGUGGAUUAUGAGAGCAAGAGGAGACACAGCAUUCAAGCCAAAGUUGUGAACAGGCACACUGAUGAGCGCUUUCUGGAAGCAGAACCAUUUGAAGACAAAACCAUUGUCAAAAUCGACGUGGAAGAUGCUGAUGAACCUCCAGUCUUCACCUUGGAAAACUACGUGAUGGAGAUUGCUGAAGAGGCUGUGAGUGGCUCAGUGGUGGGCAUGGUAACUGCUAGAGAUCCAGACAAUGAUGACAGCCCAGUCAGGUACUCCAUUGUUCAGGGCAUGCAUUUCAACAGACUGUUCAGCAUCGAUGAACACAAUGGAACAAUCCUCACAACUCAACCUCUGGACCGAGAGAUAGCUUCUUGGCACAACAUAACUGUUACAGCCACAGAAACAAGAAAUCCUGAAAUGAUUUCAGAAGCCACUGUGUAUAUCCAAGUUCUGGAUGUCAAUGAUCAUGCCCCAGAAUUCCCUAAAUAUUAUGAAACUUUUGUUUGUGAAAAUGCAGUUUCUGGCCAGCUCAUUCAAAGCAUCAGCGCUGUGGAUAAAGAUGACUCACCACAAGGUCACCAUUUUCACUUCUCACUGGCUCAGGAAGCUGCAAGCAACUCAAGUUUUACUGUCAAAGAUAACCAAGACAACACAGCUGGAAUUUUCACAGCAAAAAGUGGCUUCAGCAGGCAAGAGGAGUUUGCUUUCUUCUUGCCAAUCAUCAUUCUGGAUAAUGGAACCCCACCACUGACAAGCACAAAUACGCUUACUGUCACUGUCUGUGACUGUGACACCGAAGUUAAGAUCGUCUACUGUCGAUACAGAGCCUUCAUGUAUGCCAUGGGUCUCAGCACAGAGGCUUUAGUUGCUGUUUUGGCUUGCAUACUAAUACUUCUAGUGUUCUUCUCCGCGGUCGCAGCCGUCAGGCAGCAGAGGAAGCAGCCUCCCUUUGCCGGGAAGGUGGAGGCGCUCCGGGAGAACACUGUCAGGUACGACGACGAAGGCGGCGGCGAGGAGGACACGGAAGCCUUUGACCUGUGGGCGCUGAGGCCCGGCGCCGUCAUGCGGCCGCGCAGACCGCGCCGCAGGGUCCCCGCCGAGAUCCACAGCCUCUACCGGCAGUCUCUGCAGGUUGGCCCCGAGAGCGCAGUCUUCAGGCAGUUCAUUUCGGAGAAGCUUCACGAAGCAAAUACGGAUCCCAGCGUCCCUCCCUACGACUCCCUUCAGAGCUACGCGUUUGAGGGGAGCGGCUCCUUGGCAGGGUCGCUCAGCUCUUUGGGGUCACACUUGUCAGACGUGGAUCAGAGUUACGAGUACCUCACAGACUGGGGACCUCACUUCCAGCAGCUUGCGGGCAUGUACACUUCCGACAGGCUCGGGGGGGAUUAGUCACCUUGGGACCUGCCCUUUGCUUACCCUGAAUCCCAGCCACCAGAAACAGCUGUGGAGUUUUGAGGAGGAACCAUCCCACAUCUAAGCAUGGCAAAAGCAAGGCCAAGAUUGGAUUUUUCUCCUUGGAUAUAAAGAUCUUUGGAAGAAUCACACCAGAUGUGUGGCAAGGUGAAGGGAUGGAGAGACUCGUUCGAAAACCUUGUGGCUCUUUAGGUGUCCCGACACAAACUCUGCUGCUUUGCCUAGCCAGGCCUGUGCCAGCAUAUUGAAAACCUGGAUCCUGCAAGUGCAAAAGGAAUCUAAAGCCAUAAGUGGAUGCCAUAAACAUUCUGUCCUCUCUACGCUUUAAACCGUUGCCAAAGUCAAGAAGGACUUUUGCUGUGGCAGUGAAAUUCCUUCGUUAACCAAAGUCCUAUGUGCAGACUUGUAUGAUACAGAAACCCCUGCGUGGAAAAACAGACCCUAAGAUCCUCUAAUACAGUUCUCAGAAGGGC